AUGUCGGACCGAAUUGAUGAGGAAAUUCAUGGCCUUAUCAAGAUAGGAAAUUUCAAAGCAUGUAUUGAGAAGGUAGAAUCGCUGAAGAAGCAACUUCCCAAGUCUUCUUAUUUGAGAGUUCUAGAAAUAUAUGUGAAGUAUAAGCAAUCGCCGGGCAAAUUUAAUUAUGAAGCUUCUUUGGGUAAGUUUUAUGGUAUUAAUGGCACUGAAGUGACAAGCGAUACAAGGGCAUUAAACUUGUUGCAUAAACUCUUCAUCGAGUUGGAGAAGUACGACGAAGCUUUACAUGUUUAUGAAAGAGCUAAUUUUAAAUACUCAGGGUUUGAAGUGGCAUUACAGUGGUUUGAAAAGGCACUGGAUGACAGUAAUUAUAAACAAAUGACCAAGGCAUGCCGUCAGCUGGCAAAGACUGGAUGGAAUGGUGGUGAAGGACUAACAUCGCGCGAUUACUAUUUUUGGUACUCAUUGUCCAUUGUAAGCCUGUUCAAAUUUCAAAGUCAGAGGGUUACGGAGCAAGAGAAGAAAUUACUCCCUCAAUUGGCCUAUAGAUCACUAUGCGACUUGAAACCGUUCCGCUCAGCUCAAGAGGUGUACGUUUUCUGUACUGUUUGUGAAGAGUUGUUUGAAAAGGAUGAAAAAUCCCAUGAGAUUGUUCAGGAAGUUCUACCUCAAUUGGAGGGUGCAGUGGAUCUUCACUUGAAGAAUUUCCUGGUGAGAAACUUCAAGAAAGAUGAUCACCAAAUGACUUUUGAGGUCUACGGUAAGCUUUUGCAAAGUAUUGACGAUUUUGAACUGAUCCUUCUCUUUAUUCGUGCAGGAAAGAGCUUGGCCAAGAAAAAGAAGGAUAUACUUCAGGAUAUUGAGUCUCUUGUCGGUGAUUCUAGAAAUUCCAGAUUAGCACACUUGGAAGUAGACUCUGUCUUGGACAACGAGAUUUCUGAUGAGGCCCUCGACUUUUACCUUCAAAAAUAUCACAACAAACCAUGUUGUGCCGUGGAUCUGAACCGAUACAGAGAUUUGCUUGAUGACAAUAAGUUGAAAAACGCAUUUGGUAAAUUUGAAGCUGUAGAUGUCCUGCAUGAUACUAACCUUUUCAAACUAGGCAUCUCAGAAUUGUCACCGGUGGAAGGGUACAAUAAGCAUCAGAAGUCGCUCAAUGAUAAACCAGUGACAGAUUAUUCAACAUGUUCGGUUUAUAUCCUGAAAUUAGUAAAUGACUUGAUUUUGGAUCCCUCCAUGGAAAAAGUGCUGCUUGCAUUGAGCAUCCUAGAAAACUACAGAAAAUAUGAUCCUCAUAACUACGAUACUUCAGUGUGGGUAAUUGCGUUGUACAUUCAUCUUGGAUGUAUCCCUCUGGCAUACGAACACUACCUGCAAUUGAAGAUUAAGAGUGUACAGAUUGAUACCACAGAUUUCCUGAUGUACUCCCAUUUUCCCACUUUAUUUCCAUCAAAGCCUCACGACUUCAUCCAAAGGGUUCAGGAGAACUUCCAGAAAUUUUGUAAUUCUUCAGUCGAUAGAUUGUCACAGUUUAUUCAAAUUGGCCUAGAAAGGAAAUCAUAUAGCAAGAUUUUGGGUAUGUUGGAAUUCAGAGAUAGACUAGAGAGAUCUACUAUGAGGUGGCUGUUGUUUUCCGAAAAUAUCCAAUUGGCAAGAUUGUGUAACGACAAGCGUGGUGAGCAGCUACAAAACAUGCAUAAAGCAUGGAGAAAAUUGGAGAUGACAGGGUCUCAAGGGUUUUCUGAUAACAGAGACUGGGAAAUUUUUUCUAGAGGUAUGCAAAAAGAUAAUUUACCAGCGGUUCUUCAGUACUUGAAUCUUAAUGAUAAGAGUGUUGCUUUAAAGUGCAUUAGAGAGUUUAUGAUUGAACUAAUUCCAUCAAGACAGACUGACCAAAAACUUGAUGCAUACUUAGAGGAGCUCGUAAAUCCUAACGGACUUCAGACUUCUUUAAACAAUUCCCUCGAUCCGUCAGAUGCAUGGUCAUUUGAAGUUUUUUAUGACCUAUACAAGAAUGAUGGGGCUAAUAUGCAGUCGUUGCUAGAGAAAAUAGACAUCAAAAACCAAGAAUCCAGCACAUGGCGGUUAUCGCAUGAGUAUUUGACGAGACUCCACACGUUGAAGACCUUAGAUUCGUUUAAGAGAGUCAAGGAUACAGCAUUGAAGCGUCUCAUAAAGAACAAGACCAACCAGCUGAGAGAGAAUUGCGAUGAUCUUUAUUCCGACUACAUGAAACAAUUAACGAACGCCUGUGAGAAAUUGAACAAAGGACAAAAUGCUCAAUUACUCAAGUCACUCACCUACGUGCCAUUAAAUUCCGCCGAUUUGAAAAAUUCGCUACUCACAGUCCAAAAGACUGUCAGAAACUUAUAG